CUUUGCCGUGCCGUCGUAUGUUUCUGUUUUCAUCAACCCAUUCUCUUUAGAUCUCUGACAAAAAGAGCAACAAAACAUGAUCAUUGGUCCCUUUGUGCUUGAAAUUGUGCUAAUAUUUUUUAUUGUUGUUUAUUUGUUACAAAAAUAUGGCAACUGUAGAAAGCAUCACAUUUUAGUUACUGCCAAUGUUUUUAUUGCAUGGUACUUUGCCUUCAUCAUAAUAUGCAUCUUACCUUUGGAUGUAUCAUCGACGGCUUACCGGCAAUGCCUCAGAGAUAACUUUGAUGCUACAACACCUUACUUUAUUGUUACUACAGAAACACCUACAAAUAGUAGUGUAAUCAGCAAUGCAUCUUCAAUUGAACAGAAUAAAAGUGUUCAAAAUAUUGCUGAUUUUCAAGGAGUGUCCUUUGAAAAUGCUUGCCAAGUGCCAUGGAGUUAUGUUUCUGAUGAAGUUUUGCAGAGUUUAUGGAGGGUUGUUUACUGGACAGCUCAAACACUUACAUGGAUAAUACUUCCUAUGAUGCAAUCAUAUUCAACUGCUGGAGACUUUACCAUAUCUGGAAAACUUAAAACGGCUCUUGUAGAGAAUGCCAUUUAUUAUGGAAGUUAUCUUCUCAUUUUUGGUACUCUAUUAAUAUAUGUUGUUUUACAACCAAACAGUAAUUUGGAUGGAUCUCAUUUGAAAGUGAUAUGUAUAACAGCUAGUAACACUUGGGGCUUAUUCCUUUUAGUACUUCUAGAAGGAUAUGGAUUAGUUGAGAUACCACGUAAACUUUGGAAUACUACUAAGAAAGGUUAUAUGUUGAAUUUUCUUUACUUUAAAGCUUCAAAAGUCAGCGCCGAACGUUGUGAAGCAGAAGAAAGAAUUGAUGAUUUAAUGGAGGAGAUAACUCAUAUAUCUAAUACCACACCUGCUAGUCAUCCUACUAGACCAUAUGUUGAUUUGAUCUUGGAAAAGUUGCCUGAUGAGAGGAAAUCUAUGACACAACUCAGAAGAUCUCGAGAUGAUAGCAGAUUUUCCAUUGAUGGCAUAAGUGUGAAAGGGCUUGCAAAACUUCAUAAGCAGAUUAUUAGAGCUAUUCAUAUGUAUCGCCGCACUCAGUGCCAAUGGAAUAUGCUGUUAGAACAAGUUUUUCAUUGGGAAGAUGUUGUUGCUAAUGAAAAUAAUAGAGAAAGGCUUUUUAAGACAUCUGUUAAAACAACUAAAAGCUCCUUCUUGAAGUUUAUUCAAACUCCAAAAAUAGAAUGGUACUGGAACUGUAUGCUUCGUAACGGGGUGUACCGAACAUUGUGUGUUGUUCUCUCUGUAUUUAGUGCAAUCGUUGUUUGGUCUGAAUUAACAUUUUUUACGCAAAGUCCAACUUUAUCAAUAUUUGCUUUGUUUAUUAAAUCGGCCAGGGCUAGCUAUAACUAUAUGGCUAUUGAAGUCAUAUCUACUGCUACCAUUGCCUAUUUAUGUGUGUGUGCUUAUUACACUGUUUUUCGAAUUAGAAUAUUAAAUUAUUAUUAUUUGGCUCCUCAUCACCAAACUAAUGAAUAUAGUCUUAUAUUUUGUGGAAUGUUGCUUUGUCGAUUGACUCCACCUCUUUGCCUGAAUUUCUUAGGCCUGAUUCAUCUUGAUAGUCAUGUUACAAAGAAUUCUAAUAUUGAAGAAACAUCUUAUACUAAGAUAAUGGGUCAUAUGGAUGUAAUUCCAAUCAUAUCAGAUGGCUUCAACAUCUAUUUUCCAAUUUUAAUCUUUUUUGUUUGCCUGGCUACUUAUUUCAAUAUAUGCAGUAGAAUAUUGCAUUUCAUUGGUUUUGAACAGUUUAUUGGAGAUGAUGAAAUGACUUCAGAUUUAAUUGAAGAAGGCAGAGAACUGGUUAAAAGAGAAAAGAAUAGAAGGCAAAGAGUAGAGAAUAGGGAACUACGUCGACGACAGUCUGGCAGACCUACUUCAAGUGCAUUGUCAAGAACAAACAGGCGAUCUGGUACCAGGGAUAUAAGUAUGACAAGUUCAUCUCCAGAAGAAAACUCCCGCCUUGAACUUCUUAAAGAUGUCGAGCCUAUAGAUUAUACGGAAGAAAGAAGCCAUUCACCAGAAGAAUUUGGAAGACCUCUUCAUUAUGAGGAAUAUAUGGGCGAAGAUGGUAAUACUUAUCUGCGGUCAUCAUGGUCUCGUAUUGGAAGACCACCUGCUGUUUCUCAAAAUUUUCCUUGUACAUACUUGUUUCCUUGUACAUGACAUCUGAAUUUUGAUUGUGUUGCAUUCAUGUAGUAAGUAUCGAUAUUCUUUUUUCACAUAAAUAUUUAUUCUUCCAAAAAAUAUUCAACUUGAUUAGUUGUAUACUUUAUGCACGAUGAAAAAUAACUUAUUAAAUGAAAUCCUAAGUAGCUUACCAAAUGUGGCUCUUGCGCCUAAAAAACCUCACAAAUCAAAUCAAAUCAACCUAAGUAGCUUACAACUGAUUUUUAUUAGGGUCAAAUUACUGGCUUAGGAUGAAAAAAAUUGUCGCAAAGCAAUUAGUAUUUUUUAUAAUUUUUUGAUUGCUAAUUACUGUGAAAAGUAAUUGAAAAAUUCUCCAUGUUCAAUUUAAUCAUAAACUGUAGAUAUAAUAUGUACACAUUUUGCAUAUUUAGGAUUGUGCAUAUUAUUUUUUUUUGCAGUUUUUAGCUAAUAUUAAUUAUAUGAGUUUAUUAUUAUAUACAUCUAUAGAUUUUAAAUAAUAAUUUUCUUUAUAUAAAUUCUAUUGUUGUCGGAAAGCGAAAAAAAAAAAUCACUUCUGGCAGAAAAUAUGCUCUUUGAAGUAUAAUUAGUUACCCAUGUAUUGAAUGCAUAUAAUGAUUGAGACCCCAAAUUUUGGAUCUCCAUUAGACAGAAGGCCUUUCCCAAAAAAUACAGAAUAUUAUUUAUCCUGUAUUCUUUUAUAUUUGUUCCAGAAUGUUAAAUUUGACAGUUGAGAGCAUAAUAGUACAAUUCCUGAUAUAUUUUUUAAAUAAUAUUGGUUAGUAAUAAUAUAAUCUGAAUGAUGACCAAGGAAAAGUUGUUUUUGAAUUAAAUUUUCGUUUGGUAUUGAUUACAUCUCAUUUUUAAGCAACUUGAAAGUUAGUUUGAAAUGGAAAUCGCAAUUUUGAACCGUGGUUAGAAGAUACUUAAGCCGACAAUCUUCUCUUCAAACUUUUUUUUCCCGCCUCAUCAUUUGGAUGAUGUGAGACACGCGACGUAGGAAAUAACUUACACCAAGCUCAUAUACAAGACCCUUUUUUUGGUAGAAUCUGGUUUCGAACUGGAGCUUGGUUGUUCCACUGCCGAUACCUGCCUCCAUGUGUCGAAUAUAAAUAUAAGGCAGUAUCAAAAUAUGGCAGCUAUUACUUCAGUUAAUUCAGCACAUCAGUUGCGGAUUUUCGAUUAGGUAUAGAAGACUGUUGCAUAGGGCUACAAGCAGGACUAUUAAAAAAUCUACUAUCCCAGUUGCCAAAUAAAUAAAUUUGUUAAACAAUACAAAUUAUGUGAAUUUUAAAAUUUUAAAUUAAUACUAAUCUUUGUUAAGUACAAUUGACCAAGUUUCUUAUAAUCUUACAGUGUGUUCAGUUUGUUAUGACAGUAUUUAUAAUCGCAAGUAUUUGCUUAAAUAACUUUUUUAACAACGUGAUGGCCUUAGUCAUGAGUCAUGAUAAAUGAAUAAAAAAGCAUUUUCUCAUAGUUACUAAAAUAAGAUAUUAAUCGAAAAAAAAAUCAUUAACAUAUUGUUUAAGUUAAACAGAGUGAACAUGAAGUAUGAUUUCAUACGCUCAGAAGUUUGUACUCAAUUUCAUAUGAACCUGCAGACAUUAGAGCUCAAAUUGUUAGUUUUUGCUUGAAAAGUAAUUAUUUACCACUCAAUUGAUUUUCUUCUAGAGUAUACAAUAUUAGCAAUGAAGUUUAUUACGUGUUACAUUUAGCAUUUUGAGGUUCAUGAGCGUAUUCAUGAGAAUGUCUUUUGAUUAAUUUAAUAUUUCUGAAAAAAAAAAUGGAAUCAAAAUAAAAAUGGCAGGACGGGGCAUGUUGAUCUUGUUUUUCAAUGAUGUUGACGACUAAUAUUUUUAUCAGAGUCUUCGUUAAAAACAGAAAGAGUACGACAAAUCGAGCUUUGACUCCCGGGACGUCAAUUUUGAAGCAAUAAAAGAGAUAUUUCAUACAGAAUUGUCGUAUUCAAAGGUUGUUAAAAGUUUGGGUUACCUUUGCUUUUCCUAAAACGCUACUGCCAAAAAGCUUCAAUAGCCGGGUGAGCCUAUCAGCUACCAGCCAACACGAAAAUCUUUUUAGUAUGGUAUGGAAAAACUUUUCAGGAGGAAGCAUAUCUCGCAGAAUAUGUUAAAAGAUCGUCAGAUGUUUAUUUUGGUCUCAGUCCGAAAGAAGUGCGCAAAUUUACUUAUCAGUUACCUCUUUCGUUAAAGCGGAAAGUGUCUAAUUCAUGGAAGGGAAAUCAAUAAGUAGGCGAGGACUGGUUCAGCAUAUUUUUAAAAAGGAACUCUUCCUUGUCCGUUAGAAGGUCUGAAGCAACGAAUCUCAGUCGGGCUGCCUCAUUUAAUAAAACAAACAUUGCUGCAUUUUUUUAACGCAAUGUUACAACAAAUACAGUUUCGUACUUGCGGACAUACGGAAUAGGGAUCAGACAUAUUUCAUAUUCUAUAGUCACUGCUCUCCCACUGGCUACCAAUGAGAUCAAUUUACCAGCCGACUUUGCAGCUGCUGGAAUAAGUCCACUAAACCCAUACAUAUUUCUCAAUUCGAAAUUUCUUCCAAGUUACGUAACGGACCAUCUUUAAGCCACAUCUAAUGUAUCUCAGUGACUCUUUGUUUUUGAAUUGCAUUUAAUCGUAUCUGAUGCCUACUGACCCCGACGAUUAUUAAUUUUUAUGGAUUGUGAUAACCAUUCUCUUAGCAUAGUCGGUGUUCAUUCUGCCAAACAAAAUUUAAUAAUGGCUACGUACUUUAGUACCAUGGAAAUUCCGUACUGGAAAGUUUACUCUUGUUCCAUUUUUUUUUUUCCCUUUCUCUUAUUCACUUUGUGCGAUUUGGUGGUAAAUCAGGAAGUAAAACGAGGUGAAAUUCCAGAUCAGAAGUACUGAAGCCGAUAAACAAAUAUUUAGAUGAAUUGUUGGAAUUUUUCCAUAAUAUGGCAGAGGAUGCAGACGAAACUCGUGAAAAUAGAGUGGAUCUAGAGUGCUUAAGCUAUUAGGAUGCAAAUAGCUUAAGCAAAAGAAUGCUAUGAUUUUUUUUUAAAUUUUUUUUAUUUGGAAAUUUGAAGCAGCUUAAUCACUCUCAUCGAUGGAAAUAAUUAUAGGAGACUCUACUAUAAAUUUCCGUAACAUAGCUCUGGAUUUAAAAGUUAUAAGAGAUUAUUUUAAUAUGAAGGGCAGUGCGUUUAGUUAGGGAAACAUUAAAAAUAAAUCUUAUGUCAAGAAUAAGAUGGCAAGUUUGAAAAAAGACAAAGGGGGAAAAAAGAAAUUAAUAGGCGAGAUAUCUGAACAUACGGGGUUAGCUGCAAAAAAUGAAAUGGAAAAAGUGUUGAAGAGCAUUCUCGAUCGCAUUCAUAUGGAGAUCAGUGAAAUAUUUUUUUUCAGUUGAAUGAAAUAAAUCACAAGUUAGGUAGAUUCCUAUAGGAAGAUGAGCUAUUGCAAUGUUUUUCACAACAAGACUUCGGGGAAGUUUGUGCAGUUCUUCACCGAUCAUGGUGGUCCCUAGAAACCCAAACCACCCUUCAUUCAAAAGUGUAUACGUUUUACGCUUUGCCCAUGUUAUCUUGUGAACAAGGUAACUAGAGUAAUUUUAUUUGGACUUUAAUCGACUUGAAAUAUGUUUAAGAAAUGUAAAAAUCUCAUAUUCGUUCGUAAAUGGAUCCUCUAGCUCAAAGUGGGUAAAAUGGAUGAAAUUUUCAUUUUGAUAUAACUUCCUUAAUAUUAAAAAUAGAAAAAUAAACCAAAUUAGCGCAUCAUUAAGACGAAUAACUUUUGUAUUUUUUUUUUAACUGCAAUAUCUUAAAAGCUAGGGGCUGAAAAGCGAUUUUGAACCCCUAGCAGGCCCUUUGGUUUGGUGUCUGCCGCAUUAAUGAGAGUAUAAUGAAUUAAAAAAUAUUUUAAUAAUAAAAGACAAACAUUAUUGCUUGAACACUCAAUUAUGGAUACUUUUGGCCGACUAAUAGCAAUUAGCAGCCAAAAAAAGAUCUGCAGAUGUCAUGUUAGUCAGAUGGCAUGUGGUUGAACGUUAGUUUGCCAAUGACAUGCUGAUAAUAAUAAAUACAAUAGCGUCAAAGGAUAUUUUUUAAAACAAGAAAAAAAAUACCUGAUGAUAAAUUUCCUUUUACUCCAAUUAGCUGUUAUAAUUGAAAUAUUUAAAUGCGUAACAAUAAGAUCUUAGUUCCAAUAUUAAUUUAGAAAAGCAGACAAUUUUUUUUUCUUCCAUUAUAAAUGAAAAAUCAAGCAAUAAAUUCAGUCUUUCUAACAUAAAAUGUUACUGUUUGCAUUUAAUUGAAAGAGCAAUAUUUGAAAACGGUGGCUAAUAUCUUCAAAUGUGUUUAAAAUGCAGAGAUAAAUUUUGGGUUCUUGCUGACUAACACAAAUUUUGGGCAUUGGCUAAAAUCUACAAGGCAUAAUAUAAUAAUAAUAUUUUAAAAUUAUUUGUACUUUGAUAUUAUUUAUUUUUCAUAAAUGCUAAAUUAUUCGAUAGCAAUAUAAAAAUUACCUAUGAUUGUUUCAAUAUGUAAUAUUUCAUUUUUAUUUCACCGUAAACGAAGUGUAGAAAAAGUAUUUUAAUCGUUAAAAAAAUUCAAACUCGAGAUUUUGAUGAAAUUCUUUGUUUCAGACCUGCCCGAGUCCGAAAAACAUAUUUUUGGCUUUGGAGUGUCUGUCAAUCAGUUUGUCUGUAACAAAGCUAAUUCAAAAACGCUUUGAAGUAGACAAAUGAAAUUUCGUAUACGGUCUUUUCACGAAAUUUGCAGACUUCUUUCAAAUGUUGAGCAAAAUCUGUUCAGAGGAAGUCCGGCUGUUUGAAUACAAAUAGACUCAGUUAUUACAAAGCGCAAAGAACCAUGUAAAUAAAAUUUGGUACGCAUGUUUAGCAUCUAAAACUGAUUCGUAUCAAAUUAUGAACCAAAUCUGACCAGCGGUUGACCAUCUCUCGGUCUGACCUUUCUCAUGCAUGUAAAUGCAAUAAUUCAUAGACGCAGUGACAUAAAUCAAUGAAAUUCGUUAUAUUGUCUGAUUAUGAUUGUCAAAUUUUGGUGUGAAACGGUCUGCAAAAAGGUAUUCAAAGCACGUUUUCUCAAAAUAGAUUCAGUAAAAAUGGUAAAUUCAUGCCAAAUAUCUAUGAUUUGGGACUACCUUGCAUACCGUUAGUGAACGCCGUUCAAAGUAUUCGUGACCUUAUCCAAGAUCCCUAAUUUUAUGUAGGGAGAAGUGGGGGUGAAUUAAUUGGAGGAUAUGCGAGAAUGUUUCGGAAAAACCAUUCCCGUUGAUUUUUGUGUGAGGAUUGAAAGGAAUUAGAAAAUAGUAACUUAUGUGAGAUGGAAUCUACCUUUCCUUUCCAGGCCAGACUGUUUGACCUACAGCUACCAAAUUUGGUACAUGUAUACCUUGGAGGUCGGGAAUGUGCAUCUGGGGUCCUUUUUUUUUUUGAAUUUUUGAAUUAGAAUUUUAAUUAUUAAUUAAAAACUAACUUUCCGCCAAAAAAAUCUUUUCAUUUUCCCCACCGCUAAAUGAGUAAUUUUCCCCACACUAAUGAGGCUAGGCUUAACAUUUUUCCGCCGAUUAUUUCAAACGAUUCUGUUUAUUUUCUUAAUGUUUGAUGCAUUUAAAAUAAAACAGAAUAAAGGAAAUUAAAAAUUUCUAAUCCGCAUAGCGUUACCCCAACUGGCGUAGAAAAAUACACACAUUUGCAUUACCGUAACUGGCGUUGAAAAUUCACACAUGCGCAUUGUGUUCUGAUUGUUGACAACUAUUAUCAACGGAUGCGGACUUGAUUUAAAUUAUUUUUUGGUUAGUUGUAUGCUUUUGUAAUUAAAUUGUAUUUAUGUUUGUUAUGUAUUUUUUGUAUAUGCUUAUAGUUUUAAAUACAUCGUUUUUUAAGUAGUUUUUUUUAACUUGUUUUCAACCGAUUAUUUGAAACGAUUCGUUUUAUUUUCUUAGUGUUUGAUGAAUUUAAAAUUAAACAUUGUUAAUUAAUCUAUCUGCUCGUGAUGAAUCUGAGAAAAUUUUGUCGACAAAUUCUUGAGAUAUUACAUAAAUUAAGAAAGAUAUUCUUUAGUGCCCAUAAAGUUUAAACGCUCAGUGACUCUGUUUUCAGUAAUCAUAUUAUUAAAAAAAAAAUGCUUUGUUUCAAUAAAAAAUAUUAUUAUAUUAAUUGCAGAUUAAUCCUUUCCACUUUAAUUUAAAGCAUAAAUUCUAACAGAAAAUUAGAGAGAUGCAUAUUACGUUAUGACUGAAGGCCUUUAUAAUAUUAUGAGUGAAUUAUAUGACAAUCAAAAUUUGAAGUUUUAAAAUAUUUUGAUGAAGAAGCUAUUAAAGUAGGAAUUGCAUAAAAUAUUUAAUUAUUAAAAUUUUAACGAACAUUAAGAUUGGUGAACCGGAUGGUCGCCAAAGGCGGCUAGUUAAAUUAAAUUAAGAUAGAAUUAUUUAUUCUUAUUAUAUUUUUAUACUAAUUAUUCGUGUAAUUUUUGUAAACUGAUAAUUUUUAAUGUUAUAUUUGUUUUGUAAGCUAUGAAAUCAUUACCUAAUAAUUAUGAUUAAUUUUUAGCAGUUUUAUUAUAUUAGACAUUUUUUUACAAAAUACACAUAUUAAAUAAAAAAAAUACAAACAUUUUCACAAAGUUAAUAAAAUAAAAAAUGAAACUAAAAUAUAUUAUGUAAUGAUGCAUCCAGUCACAUUUUGCAAUCUGCAGCUUUUGCACAUCUUUAUAAAAUAUUUCUUUGAGAAGCUGCUUUUAUGUAACUCCAAUAAGUAUUAGUGCUUUUGCAUUUCGUUUCAUGGUUAUUGUUUUUGUUGUUGCAGUUCUUGUUACUUACAGAAUGCUGACAUAGUUCAGUUUCCCGACUAACUUCUUAUUUGUUUCCAGGUCUUGAAAAAUAAAUAUUUUGCAGUAUAGAGUAAAAUUACUUUAAUAGAAGUCUUAGUUUGUUAUUUAUUGACUGUGUUAUCUUUGAUUUUUCAUGCUUUUUUUUCUUCCUAUAUUUGAUCGACAGUAAAUAAAUCCAAAAAAAAAAAAAAGGAAUAAAGAUUUGUGUAUAUAUUAAUGGGAACAAUGUUUUUUCUGAAAAUAAAAAUGAAAGCCUAUUAGCGAUUGGUUUUAGAAAUAAUUGCAUCAUUCAUUGUAUCUAGUGUCAAAUAAUAAACUUUUCUUAUUUUUAAAAAAAAAGAAUAUUUUCGAAAUAAGGAGUGAGUUUUCUUUAUAAAUCAAAUAAUACAAACUCAUUUAUGAGUUUAGUAUAGAAGGACUUAUGAUGUGGUUGCGUGCGGAACUAUUAUCUCUAAAUGUAUGACAAAGAAUUAUUAAAUUCGAAAUAUUGUCAUUAUUAACCUUUAAAGCGAUUGAAAAAUCUCGAUUCAAUUAUUAUGUUAUGAAGUAUUGACAAAAAUACAUGAGUAGCCGUAUUAUUUCUUCUCUUUUGUUGGCACAGACUUAUUUUUGGACAACUUCAAAAUUUGAUCAGUUUGACAUUUUGAUAUAAGAAAUAUAUUGGAAAUGACAAGCAGCUCAAACUUUCAUAAAUUUUGAGAAACUUUGAAAAACAAAUUAAUAUGUGUGUAUCAUUUUUUAAUAUCAUUUUAUAAAUUUAUACCAUAUUUCAUUAACAAAACAGGCGCAUUUGAAUAUUUAAUUGUAUUUUUACUGAAACAUUAAUUCGUAAAGGAAUUUUUUUUCGGAAAUCAACAAAUAAAUUUGAGGCACUAUAAAUAUUUGUAAAUGUUCUCUGUAAACCUUCUCCUAUUCUGUAGAAUGUGUUAAAUUUUCAUGUCUUUGAAGGCUUCAAAAUAACGUUUAUUCUACUUCUCAUUUUUAUUAUGAAAGAUAUUGAUGUUUUAGUGUUUAUUUUAAAAUAUUCGUGUAUAACUUGUAAAAAUUUACAUAAUUUAUUGCUUGUUUUGCUGUAUCUCUUAACACUCAUAUAUAUAACAGAAAUCUCAUGAAUAGUAUGUUACCGAGUCAGAAAAUCCGCAUGAAAAUGUUUGUAUUGUCUGAUGUGAAUUAAGUAUUCGAAAAUAUAUAACAUGACCCAGUGUAAUAAUGUUAGUUUAUUACCAAAUUUUCAUUUGCCAUUAGUCUAUUGUAAAGUAAUAAAAGUAUUUUGCAGAACUUACCGUAAAAACUGACCCGGAUUGUUCUUUUAAAAUUAAGAUUGCUGUGUUAAAAUUUAGGGUUAAUAGUUUCUAUGUAAAUAUGUACAUGUAUUAAGUCAUUGUGUUUUACUAUGCUUUCUGAUGUACAUAUCUGUAAGUGAAUGUUAAAUGUAAAUUUUCAUGCUGUUUUUUUUUUUUUUUAUUUUUUUAUUUAUUUAUUUGAUACUGUUUUAAACGUUUGUGGAUUUCUAUGACAUAGUUGUGAUUAGUUUAUAAUUAAACCUUUUGUUUCUAGUCAAAAUGUUUACAAUUUUAGGAAAAAUUAGGUCAUGUAUCAUUUUUUAUCAGAUUAAAGCUGAAAAACUUUUUGAAAUUUAAUUUAUGUUUAAGCAUCGAAAAUUAAUUUGUUGAAAAAAAAUCUCUGUUGCUUUUUGCAUAAAUUUGCAUUUUUCACGUUUUUCUUCUUUUUUUUUGCAUUAUUUUGUUAAGUUUAUAUUGUUUUUUUAUUAUUAUAAUUCAUAUUCAAUUUCAACUGUAAAUAUGCAUACUUGUUCAAUAUUAGAAUUCUGUAAUAGAAAUAUCCAAGUUAAAAGAUCCAAGAAAAAAUAAAUAUCCAAGUUAUGAGUAUCUUUAGUAGUUUUGUUUAAAGAUUAAAAAUGGCAUAUAUUACAAAAAUCAAGAUGUAUUUUUUUAAAACAUUAUUAUUUUUCGUCUUAUAUAUUCUUACUAUCCCAUUUUCUUAAUAUUCUUUCUUGUCUUUUAAUGAUGUCUUCAACAUGGAUUAAAAACAAACAUAUUAAAUUGUUUGUGUGCAGAUGGCCAGAUCAGUCUUCUGCUUAAAAGCAUCGAUUUGAAAAUUCGUAGAGUAGAACUGAUGGUGUACUCAGAUUUAAUUAAUUCAUGCUUGCUGUUAUUGUUGUGGCCAAUUCGUAUAAUAGCAUACAGACGUUCUUGUUGUCAUAACCUUAGCAAUUAAAAAAUUUAUUUUAUAUUUGUAGUCUUUAUCAAGUAUUUAGAAAAGAUUUACUCUUGUAUGAGAUUAAUGUCAUGUUACAUGAAUAAUGGACUAUUUUUGCUUAUUGUUGUUUUCCAAAAAACAUUGAAAUAUAUUUACUGAGGAGAACAUAAAAAGGUGAGAAACUAAGGUUUAAAGACUACCAUUCAUAACCUUGUUAAUUUGCCUUAUUUACGCUAUUUAUAAUUAUUGCUUAUGAAAAUUAAAUAACGUGAUACAAAGCUUAAAUGUUUCCUAUACUGAACUGGCAAAGCCUGUUUAACAGCAAUACAAUAAUUAAUUUUAAAGCAAUUUUUCAUUUAAUAGUACAACAUGAUCCUGCUAUUUGACAUAUUUCGAUAGCAGUUUUCCAAAAACUGUUCCUACCUAAAUAGAUAUGAUGUGAUUCUGUGCGCUUUGCCACUCUUACAAGAAGGAUUUAUUUAAAUUUUCAACCAGAAGGAUUUUUUUAAGUUUUUAAGAUGUUUGAAAUGGUUUAUUUCUUUCUAAACAUAUGAAAUUUUGUGCAUGGACAUUUCUUUUAACGAAGUGAAUGCAUCCUUAUGCAUUAAAAUAAAUGAUGAGACAAUUAAUGAUUUUUAUUGGAGAUUUAUGUUACUGGUCCUCUUGUAAAAUACUUUUAAUAAAAGUUUAAAAUAAAUUUAUAUUUGUAAUUAUUGAUGUUAAUUUCUUUUCAGAUUUUUGAAUAUUUUUGAACAUGAAUUUUGCAGUAUACUGGCUAUUAAUUACUUUUUGUAUUGCAUUUAUAUUCUACUUAAAGAAGUGCAUUGUUUUUGUAAACGUAUUUAUUAACUUUGAGCUAUUUUAAACAAGUUUUUCA